CGCAGCGGAGCGACACUCUCCUACAUCCUCCAGAAGAAUGGAGGAAAUAGACAUGAAGCUCAGAGCUGAUGGCGUUCAGAAAAAAGUCAUAUCUCCCGGAAAAGGAGAACUUUCAACGUUUCCCAAUGGAACAAAGGUGAAGUUUCAUUACCGCACCAGCCUCUGUGAUGGCACUGUGUUGGAUGACUCCAGGACAAUGGGAGGCCAGAGUAAACCUAUGGAGCUCAUACUGGGGAAGAAGUUCAAGCUUCCUGUGUGGGAGCAGGUGGUCACCACUAUGAGAGAGGGGGAAGUGGCUGAGUUCACCUGUGAUGUGAAGCACACAGCUCUCUACCCUCUGGUUUCUCUGUCACUACGCAACAUCAGCCUUGGAAAAGACCCACUGGAAGGACAGAGACACUGCUGUGGAAUAGCUCAGGUUCACUCGCAUCAUUCUAUGGGUCACAAUGAUCUGGAUAAGUUGCAGGCCAAUCCUCAGCCUCUAGUUUUUACUCUGGAAAUGCUUGAGAUCUUGCCCCCUGGAUCCUUCCAAAUGGAAAUAUGGGCAAUGACAGAUGAGGAGAAACUGGAGGUCAUACCACAAAUCCAUGAGGAGGGAAACGCACUCUUCAAGAGUGGAGAUAUUUCAGCAGCUUCUGAGAAGUACUACAGUGCCAUAGCUUGUCUGAAGAACCUACAGAUGAAGGAGCGUCCGGGUGAUGACCAUUGGAUCAAACUAGAUCUCAUGAUCACCCCUCUCCUCCUCAACUAUUGCCAGUGCAAGCAUCUUUUAGGCCAGUACUAUGAGGUUUUGGACCACUGCUCUUCUAUCAUCAACAAGUACAAUGAUAAUGUGAAGGCGUAUUUCAAACGAGGGAAAGCUCAUGCAAUGGUAUGGAACGAAGCACAGGCAAGAGCUGACUUUGCCAAAGUGAUUGAACUAGACCCAUCACUUGAAACCUCAGUUGCAAAGGAGUUGAGGGUAAUGGAGGAUCGCAUUCGGGAUAAACAGAAAGAGGAGAAGGGACGCUACAAAAACCUUUUCAACUACAGCAGCAAAGCCUCUGCUACAGCUUCCACGGGCUGAAACAAAGAUGAAAGACCAAUUUUACAUUUAUAAGGAUGCAGUAAGGCCACUGUCAAGUUGGAGCACAUGCACUAUAACUUCAUUCCUCACAAGUUCAUAUUGUUUAUCCCCUCCUCGUGUUUCAUUAGGAAAUUGAUUGAUACACCAUUGAGGAGGGCAUAGCUUUAAAUGCAUUUGAAUUCAUCCAUUCAUCCCUGAAGUAACCCAUCAUUUAUUGAAAAGUGCUCAUUUUCAUUGAGUUUCUAAUGGGAUCUCCUGUGAACCAGAAAUGGGGUAAAUAGCAGUUUACUGCCUUGUUACCUUGUAUAUUCAGUCUUUGGAUAUAUCUGAUAGAAACUGUCACAGAUUGAACCCUAUUUCUUAAGUUCAGUGCUUUUAACAAGGCCAGUCUGAACGAACCAAACUUGAAAGGCUAGUCUGGAUAAAUAGGAUUUCUUUAUCCCCCUUUCCCUCAAUUUUUGUGUUGAUCUUUUGUAUUUAUCAUGUUUAUAAGUUUUUAUUGCUAUUACCCUCAUUGGCUUCAUAUGUAUUAAAUUUUUUUUAUUGAAAGAUAAAGGAAAUUAGAAGGCACAAUGAUAACACUGUGAUGGCACAUGUAAAAGUAACACUGAAACCAUAUUCAUUCACACUGUGUUGAUAAUUAAUGGAAUUGUCAGGUAUAUCUAAGUCACUACAAAUCAAUUGCUAUUUUCAAAAUGCUUUUUAAACAGGUGUUGUUGCAACUAUUCUGCAUAUGUUGUGACUGAAUCCAAAUAAAGUUAUUUGAAAAUCACUUA